AUGGCGACAGAUCCAUACGUAGAUGCCAAAGGAGAGGUUGAGGCUAGCAUCCGCAACGUCAACACACUUCUCAACUCAUAUGCCCGCAUACGGUCAACCUCGACAGACUCAGCCAGCUUGACCGAGACGAUCGAAGAGCUUCAAACCACACUGGGGUUGCUCGAGACCGAUUUGGACGAUUUGGAGGAGUCGGUCAGUGCAGUAGAAGAAAAUGGCGACCGUUGGGGAAUCAGCGACUCUGAGGUCCGACAACGACGAGCCUUCGUCAAUCGCGUGACAACAGAAGUGCAGGUGAGCUGGCUGCCUCCCAUGUUCUGCGCAACGCUAUUAACCACCGGCUAUAGGCACUACAGAGGCGUAAGUCAGGCCGCUGGUAAGGUGACUGAUGGUCAGGUCUUGAUACGCCGGCAAGACGACACCUUGGGGGUGAUCUCUGGUACUCUCAAUACAAUCGCAUCCCAGGCUGGACUCAUCGGACAAGAAGUGGUGGAGCAUAGCGAAAUGUUGGACGACCUGUCCAGCCGCGUAGAUGGCACCCAAUCGAGGUUGUCCAAAGUCACCAAAACGAUGCAGAACUUUAUCACCAAGAACGAAGACACUCGCAGCUCUUGGUGUAUCGGCAUCCUUGUGGUCGUUCUCAUCAUUCUGCUGAUCGCAGUCAUCCUUGUCUGA